UCGGGGCAAAAAAAGAAUUACUCCUCCUGGUGUACAUGGUGGAAAGAAAAGAAGAAAAAAGUCUCCUUACGGAUUACAAUUACAAGAAAAACAAAAAGUUAUGUAUGGUUAUGGCUGGCGUGACAAGCAAUUGAAGAAUGAAUAUCUAAAAGCUAAAUCGAAGGCUGGUGAUACCGGUAUUAACCUCCUAGUGAGUUCAGAAUUACGUCUUGAUAAUUUAGUUCUAAAAUCAGGGUUAGUUAACACUCUUCGUUUUGCUCGGCAAUUAGUUAGUUACGGACAUUUUUUGGUUGAUGGAAAAAAAGUCAACAUUCCUUCUUAUAAAGUAGAAAUCGGUCAAAUUACUCCUUCUCAUAUAAACUUUGACAGGCAGAAACUAACUAUUAAUUAUUUGCGUCAUCCUAUGCCAGAAGAAUUAAAAAAAGAAGAAAACGGUGCUAUUCAAACGCUAAAAGCGACCAAAACGAAACUGGGAUUAAAGCAAGUUGAUGAUUGA